AUGCGGGAACAAAAACGCCGAUUUGAAGCAGACUUGAAAAUCCUUGACCUCCAGCAGGAAAAGGAACGUCAGGAGAUGGACCAGAUUGCCAGAGACCUUGCUCAGGUCGGUCUCAGUGGCCCGGUUAGCGAGCCUACCACUCCUCCAGAAUACUAUCGAGACAGCGGUUUUCCUACUGCUCUAUCUCGUCCAGCUCGGUUUUCUAUUUCAAAUGGACAACCCGUGUCACCAUUUGGAAGUGUUUUCUCUCCUACUUCCCAAGUGACAUCCCCCGCUACCAACCAAUCUUCUAACCAGGACUUUGCCAACCGUACUGGCAUGGGGAUGGGUCUGCGUCGAAACUCGGAGCAGACUUACGGAGCUGCUUUCACAGGCUUUAGAGCUGGUCAUGCAAGCCGCUACUCCUUAUCAAACAACGUCUUCGGAUCAGCCUUGCCACCAGUCUCCUCUCGUACCAACGGAUUCAAUAACCAUAUGGGUUUCAGUUCACUUUUCUCUUCGAAGAAUCCGUUGGAGUCUGAAGAGGAUAAAUCCAAGAACGAAGACCGUGUUUCUACUCCAGAUGUGAAGAGCUACCUUCGCAUGACAGACCCUGAUGACAAAUUCCCUACCUUAGUGCGUAGGGAUGGUAACCCAUCAGUUCUCUCAGCCAAUUCUGCAGCGGUUGAUUUUGCAAACUCCCGCACUCCUGUCCCUGAGAACUAUAAUGGUAAUGGUCGUCAUCAUGCCGUUCACCACAGCAUGCCGCAAAACACUUUGUCCUGGUGGUCUGAUAACUCAGCUGAAAAUCCCCCACAAACUAAUGGAAAUGGUAAUGGGAAUAUCCAGUCUCUGCGUCAUGUGAACCGUCUUUCUCUAGAGAGCAACCUUUCUGGCCUCGGUGCUCUUGCUUCUGCUGCCCACCAGCAAAACCAUACCUCUGGACACCAUAGGCCAACCUCCUUACAGCUCUCUUACUCAACAAAUGAUCUUCCUGCCACUCAAAAUGGAUUUCAAAGCGAUUCUGCCACUGGAACACGGGCCGAAGUUACCCAGAACAACUACCAAACUCAUAGCCGGAUGCAUUCUCGUGGUGGCUCCGCAAACACCACUCCACCCACCCCUCAGUCCUCUUCUGACCGUGAGGAACCUGGCCCUAGCAUUCCGACUUUCCAGUCUGCUUUCCAACCCAAUGCCAUGUCCCACGCCCUGGUCUUGACAUCUCCAACCACCGUUGCUCCAUCGGUCGUUAACGGGUCUGCUACCCCUACACCAAGCACCUAUGCAACACCAGUUUAUGGAUAUAGCAUGCAAGCAUAUGCCCCAGCGCCAUUGCAGCUCAAUGGGAACUAUGCUGGCGUCCAGAGUCAUCCGAUGUUCGGAGCAUUUGGAAUGGCGCCACAGCCACCUCAGCCAAACAACUACGGUAGAUUCGCAGAGAGCCCUCGUACUGCUACUCAAAACCGUCGUAAUGGAGAUUCUGAGAACCCAUUGAACCGCUUUGGCAAUGUUCCUCUCGAGAAUUACUCUGGGGAAAUCUAUGGAAUGUGUAAGGACCAGCAUGGAUGUCGGUACCUUCAGAGAAAGCUCGAAGAGGGUGUGCCUGAGCAUGUUCAAAUCAUCUUCCGUGAAACUCAAAUGCACGUCGUCGAGCUCAUGACCGAUCCAUUUGGUAACUACCUAUGUCAAAAACUGCUUGAAUUCACCAACGAUGAGCAACGUACAGGUCUUAUCAACAUUGCUGCCCCUCAUUUGGUUCAGAUCGCUUUGAACCAGCAUGGAACUCGAGCUCUCCAAAAGAUGAUUGAGUUUAUUUCUACCCCUGAACAGAUCCAAACUGUUAUCCAUGCCCUUAGUGGCCAAGUCGUCGAGCUUGUCCAAGACCUCAAUGGCAACCAUGUGAUCCAGAAAUGCUUGAACCGCCUAUCAGCUCCAGAUGCUCAGUUUAUUUAUGAUGCAGUUGGCAAAGAGUGUGUUGCCGUUGGAACUCACCGCCACGGUUGCUGUGUUCUUCAGAGAUGCAUUGACCAUGCUUCUGGCGAUCAGCGCGCAAAGUUGAUUGAGCAGAUUACCAAGAGCUCUUACUCCCUCGUUCAGGACCCGUUCGGCAACUACGUCAUCCAGUACAUCUUGGAUCUUGGAGAACCCCUUUUCACUGGACCACUUUGUGCAACUUUCCAGGGAAGCAUCCCCGCUCUCUCAAAGCAAAAAUUCAGCUCCAACGUCAUUGAGAAGUGUAUCCGUACUUCAGACUUCAAUAUGCGUAGAGCUUUUAUUAAGGAGAUGUUGUCUCCUCAUGAGCUUCCAAACAUGCUCCGUGACUCCUUUGCAAACUAUGUCAUCCAGACUGCUAUGGACUUUGCUGAUCCCGAGUCUCGCAAUACUCUGAUUGAAGCUGUCCGUCCCUUGCUGCCUGGAAUUCGCUCGCAACCACAUGGACGUCGAAUUGCAGGAAAGAUCAUGACUCUUGACUCCCAUGCUCGAAACAAUGGCACAAACGGAACGAACCCAGGAGCUCCCUUGGCUCUUGAUGAGGUACGAGGUGGCUUCUCACAGCCUUAUACUCUUCCACCCAAUCAAUACAACUCACAGUUCAACUCCACUGAGGCCUCCGCCAACGCUCCAUCCGCAGCCGUCUCCGAGUCCGAAUUUAUUGAAGCUCGCUCUACUCACAGCGAGAGUGGAGCUACCACCAUUUUCAGCCCUGUUCCCCAGCACACCAACAACGCCAUAAAUGGUAUCAAUAACAUGAACGGCAUUAAUGGCGUCAAUGGCUCGAACCCUCAUGGCUUCAACAUGUUCUAA